AUGACAUAUAUUAAUGAGGAUAUUGAAGGGUUUCAAGGGUUGAGCAUGGACUGUAGCUUCGAUGUAAAAACAAUGUUUGCCUUAUGUGUGGAUAAUUGCUUCCAUGUGUUAGUUGAGGAUAAAGAUCAGAGAGUUGAAGAAGACUCUGAUUCUGAUUUCCAAGCCAACAUUGAUGAAGAUGACAACAGAAGUGAAGUGCCAAGUGAUGAAGCUAAUGAUGAUGAUGAUGCACUGAGUGGAUAUGAGUCAGAUAAUCAUUGCGAGCAUACAAAUUGGUCUGAUGAGGAGCUGGAUAAUGAUCCAUUACAAGGAGGCAUGGAUUUUGGGGAUACAAUAUUCACUCCUGAACCUGGGGAAAAGAUCAAGUUAAAGAAAGGUCAGGUGUUUACUGAUGUGUAUCAAUUUAGACAAGUGUUGAAAGAUUACACCAUUCAAGAAGGCUUUCACUGUGUGAGAGAUAAGAAUGAAAAGCAGAGGGUUAGAGUACAUUGUGGGGGUGAAAAUUGUGCUUGGAGACUUCAUGCCUCCACCUUACCUGAUAAUGUAACAUAUAUGAUUAAGGUUUGUCCAUGUGAGCACACAUGUACCAGAGGAGCUGUUGAUAAUGAGGUCAGUGCCAAGUGGUUAGCCUCAAAGCUGAUGGAUCUCUUAAGAUCAGACCCUGAUGCAAACCUGAAGGCAAUGAGGCAUGAGGUGACAAAAUAUGGGGUCAAACCACAAUACAUGCAGUUUUACAGGGCUAAAAGCAUUGCACUUGAUCAGAUACAAGGAAACCAUGCAAAAUUGUUUGAAAAACUACCAUAUUAUGGUGCUAUGGUUCUUGCUACCAACCCAGGCAGUGUAGUUACACUACAAUGUGAUGUUGAAGAUGUUGAAGAUGAAAAUGGGUUAGGAGUACCACAAAAGCCACCUACAUUCAAGAGGUUUUUCAUGGGACUUGCUGCACUGAGAGAUGGAUUUUUAAGUGGGUGUAAUCCAUUUAUUGGCUUUGAUGGAUGCCAUCUUAAAGGGCCAUAUGGUGGUGUGUUGCUUUCAGCAAUAGCACUGGAUGGCAACAAUGGCCUAUAUCCAAUAGCAUUUGCUAUUGUUGAGACAGAGAAUAGGGACAGUUGGAGUUUCUUCUUUCAUAAUCUCACAAUCAUGUUGGGAGGAUUUUCUGAUGGAAAGCCAUGGACAUUUAUGACUGAUAGGCAGAAGGGACUGGUGGAGACAAUUUCAGAGAUGGCCCCCAAUGUAAUGAACAGAAGGUGUGCUAGGCACAUUUGUGCCAAUUUCAGAACUCAUUUUGCUGGAGGUGCACUAAAGAAAUGGUUUUGGUCAGCUGCCAGGUCAUAUACUCCCUCUGGUUUUAACUUUGCAAUGUAUAAAAUGAAAGAGUUGAAUGUUAAUGCAUAUAAGUGGUUGCUAGCUAUUCCAUCUGAGCAGUGGUCAAGGUAUGCCUUUGAUAAAAGGCUUAAAAAUGACCAUGUUACUAAUAACAUUUCAGAGUCUUUUAAUAAUUGGAUUGAAGAAUUUAGACCUAUGCCUUUCUUGAGUUUGUUAGAUGGUCUUAGGUGUAAACUAAUGAAAAGGCUUACAAAUAGGGCUGCAAAAGGGCAGAAGUCCACACAUGAGUUAAUGCCAACUGUAGUUGAGAGGUUAAAUAUUGCAGUUGAAGAGUCUAGGAAGUGUGAGAUUGUAGUUGCUGGAAAUGAUCAGUUUGAAAUUAAAGACAAAAGAAAUCAUUUUGUUGUGAAUUUAUCAAACAAGAGAUGUGACUGUGAAGAGUGGGAUUUGUCUGGACUGCCUUGUAAACAUGCCAUAGUUGCAAUCAAACACAACAUGCAGAGGCUUGAGGAUUAUACAGAUAAGUGUUUUUCCAGGGAAAUUUACAUGACAGUUUAUAGUCAUUUUAUCAAUCCUGUUAACCACCCUGAUUUCUGGCCAGAACACCUAGAUGCCACUCCAAAGGAUCUGCAACCUCCUACUUAUAGGAGGUUGCCUGGGAGACCUAAAAAAAAUAGAAGAAAAGAGGCUGGAGAAGGCCAAUCACAGAAAAUAUCAACUGUGGUUAGAUGCAAGAGAUGCAAAGGUUGGGGGCAUAACAUUAGAACUUGCAAAGGACCAACUCAGUCUAGGAGAGGUGCCACAACCACAGCUAAUGGGGAAAAUACACAAUUUCAAGCCUCUAGCAAUCCAGAAAGACAAGGUGAAGCAUCAGUGUUGACUAGAAGAAAAAGAGCAAAUGCUACUUCCAAGUCCCAGAUUUCUGCUCAAGCCUCUGCUCAUCAUGCAUUUGAUGUUGAUGCCCAAAUGACUGCUCAAGCCUAUGCUCAUGCAUUUGAUGAUGAUGUCCCAGUGACUGCUCAAUCCUAUGCUCAAGCACCUAAGAAGAGAAAAAAGACAAGUGCAGCAGCUAAGGUGGUCUCAAAAGGCAAUGUUGCAGCACCAUCUUCAAGUGCAAAAGCACCAUCUUCAAGUGCAACAGCACCAUCUUCAAGUGCAGCAGCUAAGGUGCUCUCAAAAGGCAAUGUUGCAGCACCAUCUUCAAGUGCAAAAGCACCACCUUCAAGUGCAAAAGCACCAUCUUCAAGUGCAGCAGCUGAUAAUAUUGACAACAUUCUGGCAGGAAAAUGGUAUCCCACUGACUUUGACAAAUUUAUGGCUUUCAUCAAGAGGUAG